AAAGCUCGGAAAUGGCGGAUGACCAAGAUGCCCUCUUCCCCAUACUCCCUCUCCCUCUCCUCCUCCUCCCUCCCGUCUCUCUUCCCCGUGUUCCUCCUCCACCGCUGUAGCUGUACCCCUCCUCCUCCUCCUCCUCUCCUCGAUCCGCACGCACCGCCAUCUCCGAUCCGCAGCAGCAGCAGCAGCAGCAGCCGCGAGGCCCCGGAGCCACGCGCAUCUCGCUCGCCGCCGGCGAGAAGGCCCCGGUAACCGGUGGGCCGCAGAGGGGGAAAAGGUUUUGGAGGGAGCGACGCCGCGUGCGUCCCCGUCUCGGCUGGGACCGAACCGGAGGUGUGCCAUUUUUGGAGGCUAUCGAUGGGUCUGGACAACAAUUUCGGGGAGCUAUCUGGCAUGUUCUGUGGCUUGUCCUAUGAUGGCUACACGGAUCACGGCAGCCAGAGCGAUUACUUCAGGUUCGCCGACCCGCAGCCGGCGAUCGUGCCCCAGAUGGACGCCGGACCCAGCUCCGCCGCUUCCUCCACGGCGUCGAGGGCCGCCGUCAGCUCGGGGACCGACAACCCAGAGGACUGGGAGUUCAUCUCGGACGAGUCGCUCAACUAUAUCAGCCGCAUGCUCAUGGAGGAGGACAUUGAUGAGAAGGUCAGCAUGUACCAGGAGGAGUCCGCGGCGCUCCGCGCUGCUGCGAAGCCAUUCUAUGACAUUCUUGGGCACAAGUUCCCGCCCUCCCCUGACCGCCAGCUGGUAGCUUGGCCCCUCGACAGCCCGAGUGAGAGUAGCACUAGCAGCUAUCCACACUCCUUGGCUAGUUCUGUUACUAGCAGCAACAUUAGUGGUGCGGUCGAUAGCAGCCAACGCCGUUAUGUUGGACACAGUGAGUAUCGGAGCUUGUCUGGUCAUUCUUCUCAACCGCCGGUUGGCCCAUCAAGUGAUGUUCGCAACGCUAUGGAGACACUAGAAGAUCCUUUGAUUAGUAAUGGCAGGAUCCCUGAGUAUUUGUUUGAGAGCUUUCCAACAUGGGAUUUCAGGAGAGGUGUUGACGAGGCACAGAAGUUUCUCCCGGGUAGCGAUAAGGUAGUGAUUGAUUUAGAGGCUGGUGGUGUUGCAAAACGUCAAGAAGCAGGGAAAGCUAUUUCUCUGAAUGUCAGCAAGGCAGAGGUUUUGAAGGUAAAGAAAAACAGACAGAGUGAAGACCUUGACGUGAUGGAAGGACGGAAUAGUAAACAGUCUGCAUUUUGUUCUGAUGAACCUGAUUGGAUUGAGAUGUUUGAUGUUCUGCUUCGUCAAACUGAGAAGAAGGCAACUGAUCUUCGAAAAAUGAUGCGUUUUGAGGCUUCCAAGAAUUCUCAAGUUGCUCAGCCAAAAGGACCAAGUGGGACCCGAUCACGGGGACGGAAGCCAACUAAGAAGGAUGUGGUGGACCUUAGGACGCUACUCAUCCACUGUGCUCAGGCAGUGGCAGCUGAUGACCGCCGGACUGCUAAUGAGUUGUUAAAGCAAAUAAGGCAGCAUGCCAAGCCAAAUGGAGAUGGCUCCCAGAGAUUGGCGUAUUGCUUUGCAGAUGGUCUUGAGGCUCGCUUGGCUGGAACAGGGAGCCAACUUUACCAUAAACUUGUGGCAAAACGGACAACAGCCUCUGACAUGCUCAAGGCAUACCAUCUUUACCUUGCAGCAUGCCCAUUCAAGAGGCUCUCACAUUUUCUUUCAAAUCAAACAAUUUUGAGUUUGACAAAAAAUGCAUCAAAGGUGCAUAUCAUUGACUUUGGCAUUUACUUCGGCUUCCAAUGGCCGUGCCUGAUUAGACGUCUCUUCAAGAGGGAAGGUGGGCCACCAAAGCUGCGUAUCACAGGGAUUGAUGUACCUCAGCCAGGUUUCCGCCCAACUGAGCGCAUCGAAGAGACAGGGCAGAGGCUUGCAGAAUAUGCUGAGAAGAUUGGUGUCCCUUUUGAGUACCAAGGCAUUGCAUCAAAGUGGGAAACAAUCUGUGUUGAGGAUCUCAAUAUUAAGAAAGAUGAAGUAGUGAUUGUUAAUUGCUUGUAUCGGUUCAGAAAUCUUAUUGAUGAAACAGUUGCCAUAGACAGUCCUAGGAAUAGGGUGCUCAAUACCAUAAGGCAAGUGAACCCAGCAAUUUUUAUCCAUGGCAUUGUGAAUGGGUCGUACAGCGUUCCCUUCUUCAUCACACGGUUCCGUGAGGCAUUAUUUCAUUUCUCUGCAUUAUUUGACAUGCUCGAGACAACUGUGCCACGGGAUGAUGCCCAGCGUGCACUAAUUGAGAGAGAUCUAUUUGGCCGGGAAGCACUCAAUGUGAUUGCAUGUGAAGGCUCAGACAGGGUCGAGAGACCGGAGACAUACAAACAGUGGCAAGUGAGGAAUCUGAGAGCUGGAUUUGUCCAGUCUCCAUUAAACCAAGACAUUGUGCUGAAAGCCAAGGACAAAGUGAAAGACAUCUAUCACAAAGACUUUGUCAUUGAUGAAGACAGUGAAUGGCUCCUUCAAGGGUGGAAAGGAAGGAUAAUCUAUGCCAUAUCUACAUGGAAGCCUAAUAACAAUUAGGGUAUGGUCUGUGAGCUGUGCCUGGUUGCCCGUUAGCACUAGCAAUUAACGAAGAAAAGUACCUUGCAUUGGGCUACAUGCGUAUGUACAGAUCUUCAUGUGCACAGACAGUCCUAAACGUCCGAUCUGAUGAAUCUAAUGGAUGAUAUCCAUUCCAUGGUCCUGCCUUCCACAGAUAACUUAAUAACAAUAGUCGUCUACACUAAUACCUGAUAAAUUAAUUACCUUAAUGGCCUAUAUUCCUCCUAAUCCUGCUCUGGACCAAAAAAAAUCCCAGCCUCCUGAGAAUACUCUGCAGCUGCAUGGGUGCCAAAGUCCAAUGCCUGUAACAUCAUAGGCAUGAAUUAAUUUGACUUGGAUACAAUGGACAUAUAUCAGCACAUCUAUGCAUUACGACCUUCUGAUCCUCAUGAAGCCUUGGUUUUAACCGUUGCCGUACGAGUGCUUAGUGCUUGCCCCUGUUUAGCCUUUUUAUAUUUUCCCUUUUCCAGGGAUGUAAUUUACAGUGAAAGCUUGGGCCUUCCACUUCAUUUCAAGAUGGAUUUCUAUGGAAAUACUACAGUGAAAGAUUGAACAGAAGCCGAUUGUUGCUUUCUCAUUUUGUUCUCAUGCAAAACCAGGGUCACUCACUGGCAGAUGCCAAACCUUCUCGAUUGUGUAAAAUUCGUUCUAUACGGAGUAUAACCCACCAGGGUUAUGGAAAUCGCGGCCUGACCUAGUGAAGGACCGUGAUGAUCUCUUUCAAUGAUUCCUCCAGCACUAUCAGCUUUUAAAGAUAAAAUCAGUAGUGCCUUUUUAGUUUCAGUAGUCUCUGUUUUAGUAACUUUUUAUUUCAUUUAUAGGUUUACAACAUUUCGAUCUGUUUUGUUGGGGAUAUAUGUGGAUGUGUACUUUUUUUUCUUUAAAAAAAAAGAAUUUUAGGCCACCUCAAUUUAAAGCUACUCCUUCCAGCCUGAUUUAUAAGUCUUAAUGGAAUAACCUAAUUUGUGUUAAUUGAUAAGUCAUAAGCGAGAUAACAGAUUUUAUCUGUUUUUCUUCAGCGUUUUCUGUUUUAUACUUUUAUAAGAUAAAAGAUGUAUCGGCAAAAUAAAGAUUCUGCACAUGAGUUUUCAGUCAUGACAAUGUGUGGAUACUGGAUAGUUUUAAGAGAUUGAGAUGGUUGGGAAGCUGCUCCUCGAAGAAGGUUCUUCUGUCAUGGGCUUGUCAUGGGCUUUGGGCCAGGAGUCCUAGGCCCAUUAGAUAGAAUUAGGGUUUGUUAGGAUUAGAUAAGGUUUGUUAGGAUUAGAUUAAGUAGCCCUCCAUCUAUAUAAGGAGGGAUCCUAUCCCAGGUCAGUUAGGCAUUAGAUCAAUAUUUAUCUUAGUGCCCAUCGGCCUGCCUUCUCAUUGCGACGGAGAGCGUCGCGCCGUUUAGGUUCAGGACCGUAUUCCUUGUUCGUGACAACUUGGUAUCAGAGCUUCGGUUCUGUGCCCAUGGGUGCCGAGAUCACUGCGGUUCCCAACAUUAGCGAAGGUCUUGCCGAGAUCUCGAAGAAGAUGAUGAACUUGGCGGCGCAACUCCGGGCCUUGGCGGCUCAGUCAACCGAGCCGGUUGCUUUCCUUGAGGAGGCCGAACCAUUAUACCGGCAUGCGGUGGCCUUGCGUCCGCGAGGGCGCGCGGCGCCAAGUCCGGGAGUGGCUGCGCAACCUCGACCUUGCCGCUGGGACUGGCGAUGGCGCCGUCGCCAUUGGCGCCCUCAAUGGUGGUGGAGAAGAAGACAGCGACACAACACGACUUGGGUGUCCGGUUCUCGGGCACGAUUUCCAGGCGAUGCGACGCGGUUUCCGCAGUUGGUGGCGCAAAUUCUGGCAACGGUUGGAGCAAAGCCAGGCGGCGUGCAUGCGGCUCGAGUCGCGAGCGCGACGGGUGGGCGUGGCACUCGUGCGUCGCGAUGGCGCAGAUUGCGCCGGGUCCACACGUUGGUUCGUGAAGCUCGCGGCUCGAUCACGGCUGCAUCGUUUCUGGCGGCGUGGCCUCGUGAAGAACAAGAGGAUAGGGUUUCUGUCCUCUCCCAAUUGGGUUGGCUGGUCUGGUCUGGGUGGUUUCCACGUUGGCCCAUGAAGCAUCCGAGUCAACUAUUUAUUCCUUUGCUGUUGGGCUGGACAAGUGGGCUUCGGUGGGAGGCAUGCUCAGGGUUUCUGUAGGACCAGGUCCUCCUGCGCAUGAAUUGUUUCUUAUUUUUGUUCAUAAUAAAAGCCGAGAUGUAAAAGGCUUAAGAGUCUUAGUUUAGGUUAUGGUGUUUUGUUUGAGUCUAGCAGGGUCCGCUGCAACUCGAGGACGAGCUGCUCAAAAAGAGGGGAGUAAUGUCAUGGGCUUUGGGCCGGGAGUCCUAGGCCCAUGAGAUAGAAUUAGGGUUUGUUAGGAUUAGAUAAGGUUUGUUAGGAUUAGAUUAAGUAGCCCUCCAUCUAUAUAAGGAGGGAUCCUAUCCCAGGUCAGUUAGGCAUUAGAUCAAUAUUUAUCUUAGUGCCCAUCGGCCUGCCUUCUCAGUGCGACGGAGAGCGUCGCGCCGUUUAGGUUCAGGACCGUAUUCCUUGUUAUUUCAUCUACUAUAAUCCAAUCUAUCCCCAUUCAUCCCGAUUCUUCUCCAUAUAAUCCUUGCUCGUGACAUCUUCGCUAUUGGAUUAUAUAUGUUGAAAUUGAAAAGGCUAUUAUAUA